CCUAGAUUUCUGAUUUCCAAGAAACCGAGCACUACGGUACUGUCUAGCGUAUCCAGACACUCUAGGUGCUCGCUGCCUGAGCAGGCAAGAAGCUCUACUGGAAGCUCCCUGCUGCAUGCAAGCUACCGUGGCUCUGGAGACUCUGGAUAAUGCAUGCGACGAAAUCUCUUCCCAAGGAACCUUUUGGCCAUACUAGUACCCUAUUGUCUACCAGCACCUCAUUCUGAAAGCUGUCUUACUGCAAACCUUGAAGUUGGCUGCAUCCACGUAAGCCAAGCGUGGUCUCGGAAGGUGUGCAUCACAAUUUUGGCGACCGCGCCAUCUUGGGAGCACUCUCAUCAGUCACACUAGUCUAUUGGUCAGGACUCCCUGUACAAUCUGCUAUGACAUACUCGUACCAAGCGAACGGAGUUGCGGGGAAUGGGCCUUUGAAGCACCUGUUGGGGAAAACUCCUGAUUUUGGUUGAGCUUCCACUUUGAGUCAUGCUAUUAGUACAAAACCUUUCAGAUUCCCACUUCCGUACAGAUUAUAUUACUAGCACCACUCGAGGUAAAAUAUUUGGAAUUUGUAUUUUCAGUGAUUAAAAAACUGAAAUUGAUUCCAACAAACCCAGAAACAGGUAUUCCCGCAACUCUAACACGUUUGUGUUCGCAACGUGGAAAUUGUCCCUUGAAGAAGAAAAAGCCGAUAAGCGAGCACAGAACAGCCGAUGCACAGAAUUAUCAACAGACUUUUUGUUGAAGAACAGAACCACCAAGCAGCAAGCGUUGUAUUCUUGACACCUUGCUUGCAGAACCACAUACGCUCAACCGAUACUUGUUCUAUCACAACUCAAGCGCAAACAGUUCCACAGAGUAUAAUACCAUUUCGCACAACCCAAGAUGUGUCAGCUUUUGGGCAUGAACUGCCGGGCGUUGACGGACUUUAGUUUCUCCUUUCGAGGUUUCUGCCGCCGUGGGGGUGCCACCGACAUUCAUAGUCAUGGGUUUGGAGUGAGCAUUUACGAAGGAAGAGGGUUGCGUUCUUUCCUGGACACAUUGCCGGCGGCCACAUCUCCUGUCGCCGAACUGGUACAACGGUAUCCCAUUCGGACCUAUAAUAUGAUGGCCCAUGUUCGAUAUGCUACCCAAGGCUGUGUUUCGCUUGAAAAUGUGCAUCCAUUCUCACGAGAAUUGUGGGGUAUUCAUUGGUGCUUUGCCCACAACGGUGAGGUCCCAAAAUUCAUCCAUUGGGGAGACAGCGAAGACUCGGCUCCCCGGUUGGGAAAGACGCGAGAACUUGCCUACCGACCCAUUGGAGAUACCGACAGUGAAGCGGUAUUUUGCGCCAUUUUGAAUGCACUCAAGGCAGAAUUCGACUCUCUUCCCACACUGCCCGUCUUGCAUACCUUUUUGAAAGAACUAACCAAUGAAAUCAUUGAAGGACACCCAGAGGACACCAUAUUCAACUUUCUACUGGGAUGUGGACAAUACACACUCUUUGCCUAUAGUUGGCCGGGAAGGCGGCCAGGAUCCAAAGUUUGGAACGGAUUGCAUUACAUCGUCCGAGAACCACCUUUCACCACGGCCAAACUGGUUGAUGAUGAUUAUAUGAUUGAUUUUGCCGCAGUAACAACACCCAAAGACCGCGUAGCUGUGAUUACAACAAAGCCACUAACCAGUGAGGAGGGAUGGACAGAAUUCAAACGAGGAGAGCUACUCAUGUUUGAUAAUGGAUUGCCUCAUGCCAGCCCCGAAACUUGUGAAUCGGUCGAGCUCCAGGGCCGUGGUCUAUUCUCCAAAUGCUUUGGAAAGGGAUGCCCCAAUAGUAGGAGAGUCUGUCCCAAUCAGCAACUGUCAAUAGAGAAUGAUGAUGGCAGCAACGAUAGUGUGGCCUCCACUACAGACACAUCAAUAUUCUCCGAAGCAUCAGCGGUCUCUUUGAGAGAAUGUGGAGUGGAAAGCAAUGAGACAAGCGAAAAGCAGCAACACGCAACAGAGCCAGCCGUCGUGGCAGAAUUGAAUCAACAACAGUCUUCCCCUGCGGCUGUUUGGUGCUGACACAGAAUCAGCAGGAUGUUGCUAGCUGCCGGUACCAGGUACUGAUACAGAACCUAUGCCAGCCAAGGAAAACUGAAGCUAAGAGGAGUCAUUACAAUUUUGUGAUAAUAGGAGCUAUUAGAGGAGAGAAUGUACAAUAAACAUAAUAUUGGUUCAGCCGCACGAAGACACUACUGGUACGAACCGAAGAGCAAACUGGAAGUUGGUUUAGAAACCUGCGGAUGAAUGUCCUGAACAGAAAAGACUUACUUAGUGUUCUGAUGGUGCAUAUAAAGCUGACGAGUAGAUAGCUAUGAUUCGCAAAGUAGCGACAGCUUAGUUUGGUUAGUUACUUCAAACCUCAAGAAGCCUUCGGUUCACUGCCAUCAUAAUCGUCCUUCUCAUCAUCAAAGUCAUGAGCUGCCACACCUCUUCGCACUGCAUUGGCAACCUUGGACCGGGCACUACCAGAGGCGUACUUUUGGAUGUGUUCUAAAUAUCGGUCCUUGUCUGGCAGUGUUGAUUUCACACUCUCCAAGUUCAUGACGUGAUCGUACCACUCGUGGUAAGGCUCCAGCUCUUUGGAUUCUGGAAUUUUGUAUUCGGGGCCACGAUAAUGUUCAAACACAUAAUAGCGGUAGGCCCACGGAAUGAGUGUCAAGUCGACAUUGGAGAGCUGUCC